AUGCAGGCAGCAAUUGCUGCAUUCGAGUCGGUUGCCGGUUUAAGCAAUGCAGCACCUUUUGCUAACCUAGCCUUAAAGUCAAUGUCCAAACACUUCAAAUGUCUAAAAACUGCCAUAACAGAUCAACUGCAGUUCGCGUCAAAAUCUCACGGGAAAACAAAUUUCGACAGAAAUGAAACUCAGAGGCUCGAAAAUUCCGGAAAGGUCUCUUACGGCCAGCAGAGGUCGUUUGGUUCCGGAUUUAUGGACCCGCCCAUGUGGCGCCCACAGAGAGGCCUUCCAGAACACGCUGUCACAGUCCUUCGUUCUUGGUUGUUCGAACAUUUUUUACAUCCAUACCCGACAGAUACCGACAAGGUUAUGCUGGCGAAACAGACGGGCCUCUCUAGGAACCAGGUUUCGAAUUGGUUCAUAAAUGCAAGAGUGCGGCUAUGGAAGCCGAUGGUUGAGGAGAUACACACGCUCGAGACACGUCAGCAAGGCCAAAACUCCUCCGAACAAUCUCCCAACAACAGCAGCAAUCGACCAGUCGAACACGAGAACCAAUCCAAACGCACCCGAGAAGACAUAACCGAGGCCCAACGACCGAACCACGGCUCGAUAAAAUCGCCUUACGACAAUAUAUUGCCUAAUAAUAAUAAUAGCAAUAAUCAUCAUCAGUUGCAUGUUGCCAUGGGCAGUUCAGGAGGGAACAGUGGGGUUUCCCUGACUUUGGGCCUUCACCAAAAUGGGCCGGGCCUGCUGGACUCGUACGCGAUCCAUGCAGCCCGUCGGUUGGGGCUCGAGUCGCAGCCCGGUGAGGAGUAUGUGGUGAGUGGGUUCACGGCCCAUGAUUCGAGGUUUAGAAGGGAGGUCAUGGACGGGCAACAGAUUAUGCAUGAUUUUGUUGGCUGA